CGCCACAGCCGGAGCGAGAGCGAGCGAGCGGGGGGAGGCUGCGAUCCAGGCUCCGCUCCACCGCCGCCGCUUUAGCACCACCCCUGAACCCGCCUGCAAUAAUAAUAGCAACCGCCCCCCCCCGCAAACCACCCCUCCCCGCACAGAGGCAGGGGAAACCCCCCACCCCCGAGCUCAUUGCAAGCGCCAGGAAAGGCGGCGAGGGGGGGUUGCUGCUGUCCUUAUAUUUUUUGCAUGCAUGCAGUUGUGUGUUAAAGCCUCCUGUCUGCAGGAUCCCGGGGGUUGCAGCGCCCAGCAACAGCCCCGCUGCAGAGCGCGACUUCCCCCCCGCGGACUGGUCCCUGCGGUCUCUGGCUGGGGCGGGGGGUGAAGCAGCCGCUGGGCUGGUUUGCUGGCGAUCUGCUCCCUGGGGUGGGCUCGCUGCACGCCCGGCUUUCGCGAGGGGGGGGCUGGCCAGGAUGGCUGGGUCGCCCCGCUCGCUCUUGUGCCUCUGUCUCGGCUGGAGCUGCUUGUGCCUGGCGCUGGGGGACCUGCUGCGAGCUCACCUCGUGGGGCUCCGGAGGAAGGCUGCCCUGGGAGGAGUCACGGGCGGCCGAGCCCGGGCGGCAGGUGACCCUGGCCCCGCACCGCAGCAGCUGCCGCCGGGCGACAAGGUCUCGGAACACAUGCUCCGGCUCUAUGACAAGUACAGCAGCGCCCGGCGCCAGGAGCUCCCCGGCCUCCACCCGCUGCACCUCCAGGAGGGCAACACGGUCCGCAGCUUCCGAGCCCUGCCAGCGGGGAGCCCAGGAAGCAAAGAGCCAUAUGUUUUUAAUCUGACCUCCCUAACCAAGUCUGAAAAUAUCUUGUCGGCGUCAUUGCAUUAUUACAUUGGGGACCUACUAAACGCUACCUGGAGUUGUCCCCGAUCCGGAGGCUGCUCUCGUCAUGGACACAGGAAACCUGAAAUUCAAAUAGAUUUCUCGGUGUUGAGCUUUCCUUCUGAUGGGAACCAAACUCGAACCCUGGGACAUUUUCUAAUAAAUGUUUCCAUGGCUUAUCGGGAUGUCCUUUCCUGGCAGUGGAAGGACAUUACUCAUGUCCUGAGUGAGGCAAAGCAGAAUGAUGAACUUCUGAUUGGUGUGAAAAUGGCCUUGACUGGCCGCUAUUCCUGGAGGAGGAUUCCGUCCUGCUAUGAACCUUACAUCCUGGUGUACGCCAAUGACUCUGCUAUUUCAGAACCAGAGAGUGUUGUUUCUAGCUUGCAAGGACACCGUAAUUCCCUGGUUGAGGGUUUCCCCAGACCGGAAGGCCACUCAAAGAGCAGCUUUGGUGAACAGCGACGGAAACGUUCCACCAACAUCCUGUUGCCCUUGCAGAAUAACGAGCUCCCAGGUGCUGAGUACCAGUACAAUGAGGAUGAGGGGUGGGAAGACAAAAAACCCUACAAAACCCUCCAGCCGCGGCUGGCAGAGAGGACAAAGGGUAAGAAAAAGCAGAGAAAGAACAACCACCAGAAGAGCCAAACGCUCCAGUUUGAUGAGCAAACCUUGAAGAAGGCAAGAAGGAAGCAAUGGAACGAACCAAGAUACUGUGCGCGGCGCUAUCUCAAAGUGGAUUUUGCAGACAUUGGCUGGAGCGAAUGGAUUAUUUCCCCUAAAUCCUUUGAUGCAUAUUACUGCUCAGGCGAAUGCCAAUUCCCCAUUCCAAAGGUCUUGAAGCCAUCGAACCAUGCCACCAUCCAGAGCAUAGUGAGAGCAGUUGGGGUCAUCCCUGGUAUUCCUGAGCCUUGCUGUGUCCCUGACAAAAUGUCUUCUCUCAGCAUCCUAUUCUUUGAUGAAAAUAAGAACGUGGUGCUUAAGGUCUACCCCAACAUGACAGUGGAGUCCUGUGCAUGCAGAUAACAUCCCAGAUGAGCCCUUUGACGUGUCUAAAUUGAGCUGUUGCUUUUUCUUUUCUCCCCCCGCCAAUGCAUUUCAUUCAAAAAAUAGAUUUAUAAACAAACCUGAAUACGAGAGAAGAUACUGAAUGGAGAUAUCCGGGCAGGGGAACUUAAACUUAACUCACCCUUGAAUCUGACUGAGAAGUAAGCUUUAGCAACUGGCGCUAACUAUUUCUGUUGUAAUGGACAAAUGAAAAGUGAAAUUUACAAAGGACUGUUCAAGAUUUUUUGGAACUGGCAGGAGGACAACGUUGAUUUAUUUUUGUACAAGGCUUUGAAAGUGGCAGCCGCUGUUUGAUUUUUUGUGUCUGUUCUUCUAAUGACUAAUGGGGAGGGAGAUUAAGAAAUACAUUAUACAUUUGAAGCUAGGCCUUGGGUUACUGAACAGCUCAGCAAGUGCUAAAUAACCUGAACAAAUCUAACAUAUCCUAAGAGCCUUAGAAAAUCCAAUGUAAACAUUUAUUUCCUUGAUCUGACAUCAUUGAUUUCACGUGUAUAUUCAUUAUUGUAUAGCUUGUUCUUUAGAAUUCAGCCCAUGUGACAUUCCUCCCCUCAGAUUUGAUAAUAUAAAUCCCAGUUAUGCUACAUGAGAAGUUGUGAUGUCACACAGAGUAUACUGGGAAAAAAUUGACCCAAAAGCCUAGCACAGUGAUUUUCAACCUAUGGUCCACAGACCCCUGAGAGGCUGCAGAUUAUGUCUAAGAAUGCUAAAGGGAUUCAUACCUCCAUUUGAAAUUUUUUAGGGGUCUGCAAAUGAAAAAAGGUUAAAAAAUCACCGGCCUUGCGAAAUGCAAGUAUCAUACUCAACAACACAGCUGGCUGAAUAAUGAACAAAUAUUUUAUCUCAUGUGUGCAGAUAGUCCUUAAGCAACUCAUAAAUGUCUAAAAUUGUUACAUGACAUUUGCUGAAUAAUUCUUUAUCUGUAGCUUAUUUGCAUGAACUUCAUUGAUUAUUUGAUGAUCAACAUUUAGUCUGUUAGCUAGUUUUGAUUGGUUACAGAGGUCAGGUGGUAUUGUUUCCAUUCCCUUAUUGGAUACAUGUUGCUUUUAGAAUCAAAUUGCCAGUUCAAACUUUGCUCCAUGAGAGUUUUCUCUAAUAAAUACCUAAAAUGUGGUGUUUCCAUGAA